AUGGGAUACGUCGCGUUGGUACAGGGCGCCACGGGCGCUGUAGGGCGCGAUCUGGUGGCUGAGCUGGUGCAAUCCCCCUUAUGCAGUCGCGUCGUCGCCCUCACGCGUCGGGAGAUCCCCGAGACGCAGUGGGGGCAAGCGUUCCCCUCCAUGGACGUCGCUGCUGCCCAAACGAAACUUGAAAUUGUUCCGGUGGAUUUCGAGGAGUUGCAUCGCGAUUGGAAGAAAGUCGCGGGCAGUGUCGACGCUGCGUUCUCGUGUCUGGGCACGACCCGCAAAGAUGCGGGCUCGGCCGAAGCCUUCCGCAAAGUCGAUUUGGAGUAUGUGACGAAGUUCGCGCAGCUGGCGAAGGACGCAGGAGUGCCGUAUUUCGGUCUACUGACGGCCAGUAAUGCCAAUAAAGACAGUUGGUUUCUGUACCCACAGACUAAGGGAGAAGUGGAGGAGAACAUAAAGAAGCUGGAGUUCGAGCGCACGUCGAUUUUCCGACCGGGGCUGAUUAACCGUGGUGAACUGGCGCGUACCGUAGAGUCGAUCGCUGGCUACCUCCUACCCAGUGUGACAACUCGUGCUAUUGCAAAGGGAAUACUGGUGGACUAUGAAAGUGGAAGCGAGGGGCUGAAGGAGUGGAGCAAUGCUGACUUGAAGCAACACGAACCUGUUCCGGUCGCGAGUGACAAACAAGCCGAGCUUUAGGACUCUCCAGACAAGCUGAAGCUACUACAUGUACUACGAUAGGAAGUUAGCUCUGACUUGCUACAACUAUGGCAGCUCACGGCGGGGAUAUUUUUUCACUGGGCAUGCGAAUUGCACAACUGAUACUUAAGUACUUCGUAUUGGCCAAGGGGCUAUAUGACAACGCGU